GUGUCAGUUCCUCGUGAACAAGCAGUAAAGGGGAAAUAAUCAGCAGUACACUCUGAGUAGUAUCUUAGUUUAGGUGGCGCUCGUGCUGUUUUGAGUCCUUACCUUUGUGUGCGCGCGCCCGUCGAGUUUCUCUCCAAACAGGUUUGACCGGGACACACCUGCAGGAAGAAGAAAGGAAGCCCUGUGCUGAGCGACAGUUUUCUUUACUCCAUCUUUGACCUUUGUGGACGACGGUCGGAUAGAAAAGCAGCAAGGACACUUAUUCAUCAGUUUUCUUCGUUUCAUCAUGAAAAUUUGGAUCGCUGUCCUUCUCGCUGCCUUUGCGGCAGGAGCUUCAGCUCAAGGCUGCUCAUGUGACACUAUGAAGUGGGCUACCUGCGAUGGAAAUCCGUGUUCGUGCUACCUUUUUGUCGGUGAAAACGUCAAACAAACGCUGAACUGCACUGCACUGAUCCCCAAGUGCAUCUUGAUGAAGGCUGAGAUGUACAGAGCAAAAACGGGCCAGAGCACUCGUGGAUUCGGAGGAAAGCCAGUGGAGACUGCCUUUGUGGACAACGAUGGCAUCUAUGACCCAGAGUGUGAGAACGACGGCAAAUUCAAGGCCAAGCAGUGCAACAACACAGAGGAGUGCUGGUGUGUCAACAGCGCUGGCGUGCGUCGAACUGACAAGGGAGACAAGAAUCUGAAGUGUGAGAAGCUGGUGGAGACCUACUGGGUCCGUCUCCAGCUGACCCACAAACCAACAUCUGGUGACGUGAAUCCUUCCAACUUGAAGGCUGCCAUUGCGGAUGCCAUUCACAAGCGCUACAAGAACUUCAACAAGGACAUGGUGGAAGACGUCCAGUAUGACCCCGAAGCCCGCAUGAUUGUGGUGGAUGUGAAGAAGCCAAAGGGAGAGCGCAAGAGUGACCUGACCCAUAUGGCCUAUUACAUGGAGAAAGAUGUCAAGGUGCUGCCCCUGUUCACACCGCAGGACAAGUUUGAGCCCGUUGUGGGCGGCCAGAAGCUGGAGAUGGACAACAUCCUGGUGUACUACGUUGACGAGGAACCCCCGACUUUCACCAUGAAGAAUCUGUCAGGUGGAAUCAUUGCCGUCAUUGUGGUGGUGGUGCUGGCUGUGGUUGCCGGCCUGCUGGUCCUGUUCUUUGCCAGAAGGCGACAGAAUCAACAGUACAACAAAGCUCAGCAAAGAGAGAUGGAGGCCAUGUAAAGUCUUCAUCGUAGCGGAGCAUCCGUGAAGAGUCCGCUAGUGCGUCACCUUUUGGAUGAACAUUAUUCGCAGGGGGAAGUGUGCCAUUUUUACUGUUUUACUUGAGGAAUGCAGAUGAUAAAGGAACAAACCAACUUUCUCUUUAAUGCUGUCAUUGUUGGCACUACUGGUUCCACCAUUUAUUUAUAAAUUGUGUAAAGUCUUACUGCGUCAUCCAAUCUGUUAAGAACUGUGCUUUUUAAAAAUUUGUUUGGCACAUGCCACAUUUUGAUGUUAGAACUUGUUGAACGGUUUAAAAUUCCAUGUUAUAGAUUGUACAGUUUCUUUCUUAUAAAUGUGUGUUUGAUGGAUUGUUUUUAAUAAAAAUAUGUUUUAAAAGAC